AUCCCCGCUUGCACUGCAAACAAUCUGCCUUCCCCAUUGCAUCCAAGGGAGAUAGCAACAGCAACAUCAUCACUGCAAGCCGGAUGGGAGCGCAGAGAGGAGGCUGCUGAGGGAGAAAGGCACACACGCACACACCAGCUCGAUGUUGCCAAAGCGGCAGGAGCCGCACGAAAAAUAAGCCAUGCUGCUCGGUGUGUCUGGCGCAUUGUGCUCUAUCAGAGCCUUUUAGGAGGAAGAAGAGAAUUACCCACACCGAUUUUUUUUUUCCUGCCUGCGAGAGUGCGACAGACUUGCGAUGGUUGAAUGUCAAUGCCUAUGAGAGAGAACAACAGUCAGAGGAGGAGGACAGAAGGGGAGGAAAAUGAAGGUGGGGAUGGUGGUGAAGAGAAAGAAGCACCCUCAUCCAAUGCAUCAAAAGGAAGUCCCUGCAAUUGCUGAUAGAGCUCUGGCUGCCUCACCAUCUACAAUGGUCUGUACAAGCUGCCAAUGCGUUUGAUGACGUUCAUGUUUUGUGAAAGGAGGAAAGGAAACGUGACCAUGUAAGAUCCACGUUUCUCCGGUCAAUUACAUGCGAAGAAUAGGUCUGAUUUCGACCGUUCUUUUUUUUUUUUUUUUUCUUUUUUGGUCCAGGAUGGUAACUGCCUAGGGAAUAAUACAGCCGCCUUCCCUCACCAGUUUUGCUCUGAUAUUUUUAAAUUUUUUUUUUUUUAAUUUAUUUUUUGGUGUGGUCCAGACAGCUGCUGGAAUAGAGAAGGUCAGAAUAUACAAAUACGUAUAAUAUAUAUAUAUGAUAUAUAUGAUAUAUAUUAUAUAUAUAAAUAUAUUUAUCUCAGUACAUCUGAGAUUAAGCUCAUUGAAUGCUAAUUAUUUCUUUCAGGACUUUUAAUAUUUACAGUGAAAUCUUUUAAAGGCAACAGUACAUUCUGACGCCACCUGGGAGUACAGUGUUGGAGACGUAGGGUGUUUUCCCAUAAACAAUGUGAAGGUCUUUUUGUUAAAGAGGCAAUUUUGAUAUUAACAGCAGCUACCCAUUUUGCAUUUUGAUAGCCAGACCGGCUGCUAUUUUGUUCGGGUACACACCAGGUCUCGUGCGACUGAGUUUUAUUUUAUAAUUGAAAAAAAAAAAAAAAAGAAGAAGAAAAGGAAAAUUACUUGAGAUGCCAAAUACUGUCGAGAGGACCGUAUUCUCCCUCUUCCCCACACCCACUGGAGACGCGGACCCUUCUUUUUUACAGGCUUAGAGUCGCCGGAGCCGAGCUGGGCUCCCUCCGGAGCGCCGCACAGCACCGUGCCCGCGCCCCCGGACCCCGCGGCGUGGGAGAUUUCUUCCCUCCUCCCGCUGAUUUGCAAACAAACUUGUGGAAUCCGCCCCGUCCGAGGGGGAGGGGGAUAAAAUCCCCCCGGGGAGUAGAGUGGGUUUCGGUUUUUUUUUAUAUUAUUGCAAGAUUUCAGCGGGCUGCCGGGGAUCUCCCCCUUCUCGCCCUCUUUUGUCGUUUCUCGGCCGGCCAGCGCAGCCCCCCCGCAGCACUGAGGUCUCAGCAGAGCCCCCCGGCCGCGGGGCGCCCGGCUCCUGCCCUUUCUUUCCCACCUCAUCCCCGCCUGUCAAGGAAAGGCACAUGUUAAUACCACCCGGCGCGGUCAUUUUCUGUUACUGCUGCUGCGGGCUCCUCCGUCCGAGACAGAUGUUGCGAAACCAAGGCCUCCUCAAGUGCCGCUGCCGCAUGCUCUUCAAUGACCUGAAGGUCUUCCUGCUGCGGAGACCCCCCGCGCCGCCGCCGCCCUCGCCGCCGCCGCCGCUUCCCAUGCCCGGCGGCGCAGAGGCGGGGGCCGGCGGCGCCGCUCCGCUCGGGGGGCGCGGGCCCGGCUGGCGGGCGGCGGCGGCGGGCGGCGGAGCGGGCAGCCCGGGAGCCGAGGAGUGGGGCAGCCCCGCCGGGGAGCCGCCCGCCUCCCUGCCCAGCAGCACCUCCUCGGAUGACUUCGGCAAGGGCAAGGCCGAGGACCGCUACUCGCUGGGAAGCAGCGUCGAUAGCGGCAUCCGCACCCCGCUCUGCAGGAUCUGCUUCCAGGGUCCUGAGCAGGGGGAGUUGCUGAGCCCGUGUCGAUGCGACGGAUCGGUGAAAUGCACGCACCAGCCAUGUCUGAUCAAAUGGAUUAGCGAGAGAGGCUGCUGGAGCUGUGAGCUGUGUUACUACAAGUACCACGUCAUUGCCAUAAGCACAAAGAACCCUCUGCAGUGGCAGGCCAUCUCCCUGACAGUCAUUGAGAAGGUUCAGAUAGCAGCGGCCAUCCUGGGUUCCCUCUUCCUCAUCGCCAGUAUCUCGUGGCUCAUCUGGUCGACCUUCAGUCCUUCAGCCAAAUGGCAGCGCCAGGACCUGCUCUUCCAGAUCUGCUAUGGAAUGUAUGGCUUCAUGGACAUUGUCUGUAUAGGUCUAAUAAUACACGAAGGGCCCUCAGUUUACCGGAUUUUUAAACGGUGGCAGGCGGUCAAUCAGCAGUGGAAAGUGCUGAACUAUGACAAAACAAAGGACAUGGAGGAACAAAAAACAGGGACCAGGACAAAUCAGCGUCCCUCCUCCCAAACCACCCACUCGUCCUCCACUGGUGGUACAGCCACUAACUCCGCUCCGGCCGACAGCGGGGCCCGGGCCGCCGGCCAUGCCACAGGCACCCUCUCUGACCACCACUGUGCUUACACCAUCCUGCAUAUACUCAGCCACCUGAGGCCUCACGAACAGAGGAGUCAGUCUAGUAGUAACAGAGAGCUCGUCAUGAGGGUCACGACGGUCUGAGCCGAGGAAUUCAGGAGGCCUUAACGCAGAGCGGAGGAGACGCAGAACUCGUAACGCAGAGGAGCAUGGUGUGCCUUUUUCUUUCUCUUCCCUUUUAUUCUUUUCUUUUCUUCUUCUUCUGUUCCUUCUUUUCUUUUUUUUUUCGGUAACUGCACAAGAUAUAAGAGGCGGCACCUGGCCAGCUGAGGAGAAAGCAGGUGGAGGGAGAGCUGCACACUCAUGCUAAAGAGGUUAAUGUUUUCCAGCCAGUUAAAAAAAAAAAAAGGGAAAAAAAAAACAAAAACAAAAACAACCACACAAAUCACAAAAAGAAAAAAAAACCAACAAAACAAGUGCAAUACAGACUAAAAACUGAGUAGGCAGAGUUCUGGGGAAGCAGAGGAACAGACGGUUUAGCAUGUCUUACAAAUCCUAUUACCUGGAAUAGGUGAUGCUCUGUACACACCCACCCUACACACACACACGCACGCAAGUGUGAGAUUUAUAUAAACCAGGAAGGGAAUGAAAUAUUUGGAGUUUUUUUUUUUUUUUUUCCAGACUGUGAUUAACCAGGGCUAUGAGUCGUUUUGUUCAUGAGUCAUUCUGGAACCUUGUUCGAUUUACCAUAGGAUAUCUGAAGUGAAAUGGCUGGGGAUUUUUCAGUAGUGAUUUAUGGGAAAAAAAAAAACAACCAAACACAACAACAACUGACCGCUGAAUCAUCUCGCCAAGAAAAUGCAACAAAGCCCAGGCGUACCCAAAUUUCACCAAAACAAAAAUUGUGAUUUUUCAUAAUGUUCCUGAC